AUGACUCAAGACCUGAGUGUCGAGCGCCCUAUGGAGGCUCUUCACAAAGGAUAUGGAUCUCAAGGAGAACGUCUUGUCGCCGGCAUCGUGCCCCUCUCCAACGACCGCAAAUCCGUCCUCCUCAUCCAGUCAAUGCGCCGUGGUGGUUGGGUUCUCCCCAAGGGUGGUUGGGAAGUUGACGAGACUGUCGAAGAAGCCGCCUGCCGCGAGGCCUGGGAAGAAGCCGGUGCAGUCUGCAAAAUCCACGCCGACCUGGGCAAGAUCCCAGAGAAGAGGAAGCCAGACCAACUCACCGAGAAGGCCCCCAAGGCUGCAUACCACUUUUUCGAGGCCACCGUCGACGAGGUCAAGGAGGAGUGGCCGGAAAAGCACAAGCGCAAGAGAAGGUGGAUGGGCUAUCAGGAGGCCAUCGGCUUGUUGAAGGACAGACCUGAGCUGUCAGAAGCCCUCAACCGAAGCAGCAUCAACAAGCAGCUCUGA